AUGGUCAAUCUCGCCGUCUUAUUAACAGUGCUCCAGCUGCUGCUGGGCUCCAUGGUGGCCACGUCAGAACUUUACGCAGGAGUUUAUGAGCAACAUGACCACGAAAGGAGAUUGUCAGACAAUGCGAUGGGGCAGCGGGAAACUCGAAAGUCCCUCGACUUGGGAGGAAAUAAGAGGAUACCCCAGCAGCAAUGGGCAACAUACGUCGAAGUACAACUGAAAGCUGCUCCAAGCACUAGAGGGCCGAAAGAUCUCCCGGCAACAGAGAACCAACUGCCCGCGGUGGUUGAUCGUCCUGCGGUCCGUCGCCGACAGGAAGGUAAAACCAAGAAGAACACUCAGCCGGUAGCAGCAGAACCACCGCGUCCGCCUCCAGCCGGUCCAGCCAAAGAGACAAAACAGGCCUCUGCUGGCCCUGCUGAGGAAACGAUUGCGGCUCCCGCUGAUCCAGCUCAGCAACCUAAGGCUCCUCCUCCUGACCCAGCCCAGCCGACGACUGCAGCUCCGCCUGAUCCAGGUCAACAGACUGUACCUCCAGCCGCACCGGCAGAAACCGUCGGGCCCAAUCUAGCCUCAAUGAGCUCCUCACUGACUAGCAGUGCAUCAUCGGCGCUGGCAUCCGUGUCGUCGAGUUUCCAGGGUGAGAUUGCCUCGCUCUCCUCGCGCUCCUCAGCCGACGUUGCAGCGGCGUCGUCCUCAGGGGCCUCGGCGAUCUCCAGCCUCAGUGUCAGCGCGUCAUCUGCGAGCGGUGCUAUAGCUUCGUCCGCAAGCCUUGCCGGAGCCAGGGCAGCUGGGGCCAGUGCAGAUAUCGAGGCAGCGGUGAGCAACAGUAUAGCCGCAAGCGCAAGCAGUGCCGGUUUUGCAGCUGCGACUGCCAGCGCGGCCGCCAGUGCAAGUAGUGCGAUUGCUGCCGCUAGAGGGUCAACGCAGUCGACCCCCUCUACUACUUCUACUUCCAACUAUGAGUUGGCCCAACCCAGCUCCCCGGGUUCAACUUCUGAAAAUGGCAUUAUUCAUGUUACACCAGGCCAAAUCGCAGCCAUUGUCAUUGGUACCAUGAUAGGAUCUGCUAUACUCACGCUGAUAAUCGUAUACUUCAUCGGUAUGCUGAGGAAAAGGCGGUCGAGGAGCAGCGAUGAAAGCUAUGGUGAUGGCGAAGAGUCCGAGUACAACGAUCAAAUGGCUCUGAACCCCUUGGGUCAGGACGAUGGCACAGGACGCGCAGACGGCUACAUGUCACGCGGCUUGAAUGAGAAGGGCGCAACGAGCUGGUCACCUACUGCGGCUACUACCACCAACAGAGCCCACGGCGGCCCCAAGCAUAUCCCUCUGAUACCACAGGCGUCGCAGAAACUGCAACCAAUCUCACACCGGCCCAGUCUGCCUCCUCUUCCAGAGGACAGAGGCGUAUAUCACUCCGGAAAUCAUUCCUCAAUAGGUUUUGGAAGCACCAAUGGGCUCGACUUUUCAUUGACAGACCCAAGGUUAGGGCCUCAGGGAAGCAUGCCAGAGCAGCCCGAGCCGGUCAAGCUUACCUUAGCGAAGCGCCUGAGCCGGGGAGGAAGCCAGAGGAUGGCCGUCGUGCGAACGCCAAGUCAGGGUGGAAACGACGCUUCGGACACACUCUCUUCUCCCGGCCAUGCGAGGUCUCCCAGCGGGCCUGACAACCUCUACUUCACGAUCUCGUCGUCCGUUUAUUCCCCCGGAGCCGGUACACGCCCCGAUCAUGUCCGCACGCUCUCCUCAGACAUAUUCCCACGCCGGAAGAGCGGGAUCAUCUCCCCCCUGAGCCUCAACCCGCCAACGAGCGCCUCCUCCGUGCCGCGGGUCUCGGCCCUGGCGUCCUGGGGCUCCUGGGGGCCAAUCUCGCCCUCGAACCCGCCGCCCAUGAUCCCCUAUCAGUACCAAAACCUCGCCUCGACAGCCGCCCCUGGACCACCGGCAAGCAGAAACGGAAACACCGACCCCAAUCCCACCAUGCCCGCGCCCCUGACUCCUGUGAACCAACAACGGAUCCCCGACCGUACCCAAAACCACAUUGCCUUCCUUCUGUCGCAGAAUUCCCAGCAUUCUCCACAGCCCUCGACACAGCUACCACAACAGCCCGGCGCGUACCCCGGCACCACCACCAGUCCCGAGCCCAUGGUCGGGACAGCAGCGACUAGCCACCUCUCGCCGCGGCCGCUGCGGCCCAUCAAGCCGCUGUCCAUCAGCCCGUCGAGCCCGUACAGCUCGACGUUCGAGCGGCCGGCCCAGCAGCCGGCGCCACCCUCGCCCGCCUUCAUGUCGCCGCUGUCGCCGCCGCCCCGGAGCCCGCUGCGCGCCGCGCGGUCCGAGCAGUCGCUCCGCACGCCCACGACCGUCUCGCCGCUGACGACGGCCCCGCCCUCGCAGCGCAGCAGCCCCAGUGCCGACGACAAGGCCAUGCCGCCGCUGCCGCUGGACCAGAGUCGUCGCCGCAGUCGCAGCAACAGCUCGGGCGAGCUCGAGGUCCGUGUCGGGCUGGCCCAGGCCGUCGCCGGCCUCGAUAUGCUCGGAGGCGGCGGGUUCGGGUCGUCGGCCGCCAGCAACGGAGGCGGGAGCGACCUGACCAAGGCGUCUUCUUCUGGGGUCGGGGACACGGAAGCGGGGCCGAACAGGGCUCGCUUCACAUCGUGGCUGGCGUCCAACGACCCGUCGUCCGAGAGCGGAUCCGGGUCGCCGACGAACACGGACGACCCGUGGGGCCGGCCGCUGCCGGUGCCGCGGAUCCGGCGAAAGCGGAGCAGCAGCACCCCUGGCCCCGUCGAUUACGUGCCGGAGCAGCCCAGGACGCCCGGGGCCGUGCCCAAGUUCAGCCUGUUCCCGCGGACGGGUGUGUCGGAGGUGGGCGCGAGCCAGCCCUCUUACGCGGACGAUGGCCAGAGGAGGCGGAGCAGCCUAGGCGCCAUUGCGUACAGGUAG